AUGCCUUCGCAGCGUCAGCGCCACAGUCACUCUCUUCUCUCUCCUGGCGACUAUGACGAAGACGCCGAGUCGUUACGAUCUCCAUCCGAGCAGGACUCGGACUCGGAAGAUGACGAAUUCCUCCGCCAUUCCCGUACCACGUUGGAACUAGCUGAACACGAUCGCACCGUUCUGGACGACGAGGAGGAAACGGAGAAGCUCUUGACGAGGAAAGGUCCUGCUCAUGGUCUUCGCCGCAUAUUCAGUCCCAGCAGCAGUGGCGUCAAGAUUGGAAAGCGGGAACGUCAACAGCGGAGGCAAGCUCGCCGAGAUGCACGGAAGGAGCGCCAGAAACUGUCGGAAUCGGGGGAGCUGAUGUAUGAGAUGGAAGAAGGUCACCGGGAAGACGAGGCCUCUCUGCUUAGCUCCUCGUCUUCUUCUGACUUGGGACAAACCAUCAAAGAAAAAUAUAACCACGAGGAGACACGCCCGGUCUCGUGGCGCAAGCUUGCGCUCCUCUUUUCCGCUGUAUUCGUUUUAUUCCUCAUCUGUCUAUUAGGCGCCUAUAAAGCAUCGUCGAAAUUCCGCGCGUCGCAUUCGCGGCCGCCUCCCCUACUCUCUAACGGUUCCGCCUUGUUUGCAUCAACCACUAUCCUAAUCUCGCUUGAUGGCUUCAGAGCCGACUUUCUCAACCGUGGUCUCACUCCGACGUUAAACUCGUUCAUCGCCGAUGGCGUUUCUCCGCAGUACAUGCUGCCCAGCUUUCCCAGCGUCACCUUUCCGAACCAUUUCACUCUCGUUACAGGCUUGUAUCCUGAAAGCCAUGGCAUAGUGGGAAAUACUUUCUGGGAUCCGACGUCGCAGGAGGAGUUUUACUACACACACCCCUCCGUCAGCAUGCAGCCCAAGUGGUGGAAUGCGGAGCCUCUGUGGAUGACCGCCGAAACCCAUGGACUGAGAACCGCUAUCCACAUGUGGCCCGGCUCGGAGGCACAUAUUGGAGGUGUGGAGCCUAGUAUCUUGGAUGAGUACAAUGGAUCCGAGACGCUACCGCGAAAGGUCAAUCGCGUGUUGGAGUUCUUGGACAUGCCAGGUUCUGAGGAUGAAACUUUGGACACCUCUGAACGGCCUCAAUUCAUCGCGUUCUACGUGCCCAAUGUAGAUGCGCAUGGUCAUAAAUACGGUCCGAACAGUACGGAGAUUCGCGGCACAAUUUCUGACGUCGACACCAUGCUUGGAAAUCUUUUCUCUGGUCUCCAAGACCGUAAUCUCACGGAGAUCGUGAACGUUGUGAUCGUGUCUGAUCAUGGUAUGGCUUCAACCGCUACCGAGCGGCUGGUGCAACUGGAUGACUUUAUCGACAUGGAUCUGGUUGACCGCAUUGAUGGGUGGCCGCUGCGUGGAAUACGCCCUAAGCGGGAAGAAGAUUUGAAGACCCUCCAGGACCAGCUAGAGAACAUCGCUGCAAACCACUCCGAUGCCGUGGAGGUCUACACUCGCGAGAGCAUGCCGGAACGCUACCACUUCAAGAACAAUGACCGCAUAGCUCCCCUGUGGAUCAUCCCGAAAACCGGAUGGGCGAUUGUUGAGCGGCCUGAUUUCGACGCUGAACAGGCCCUGGAGAAAGGAGAAGAGUACCAUCCGAAAGGUAUUCAUGGCUACGACCACGAGCACCCUCUCAUGCGGGCUAUCUUUGUCGCCAGGGGACCUUCAUUUCCCCAUGAGCGCAAUAGCCGACUAGAGCCUUUCCAAAAUGUCAACGUAUACAACAUCAUUUGUGAUACCUUGGGCAUCAAGCCUCUUCCGAACAACGGAACGUUGCGUCUUCCUCUGAAGCCGGUUGGGAUCCAUUCCGAUGAAAAUACGCCUCCUCUUGACAAUCCUCCCGACCCUCCCGCCAGCAGUCCUACUCCCAGUGUAGCUCCCACGAAGACUCCGGCUAGCAUUCCCUCUGACAAGCCCGCACCUAGCAAAGAACCCGAGCCCCAGCCUGAGCCGCAACCUGAACCUCAACCUGAAUCCAACCCAGAAAGCGACGAUGAGAAAGGCCCUACCUGGUGGGGGACUCUCUGGAGCAAACUUGAAGACGCUAAGGAUUGGGCCACUGAUACAUAUGAGACGGUAAAAGACAAUUUUUGGACCUCGGAUUGA